CAUCUGGGCACAUGGAAUAACCGAAUUAUUGUUACCUUAUUAGCAAACUUCGCGAAGGCGUAAUAAUUAACAUAGCUAGAAUAAAGAAGGUCUACUACCCUGCGCCUUCGAAAAUGUAGACAGAGACUACAGGUUCAGAAGUCAAGAGAAAAUUAUUCACCAAUAAUCCAAAUAUGUCGCCACUCAUCCACCUAAAUCCUUCGGCGCAGGAGUGGGUAUAUGACCCCGUCGGGGCGCAGGGCGGGAGCCAGGAGGGAACGAUCCUUGCAUUCCACAAGACUUUGCCGGAUUACAAUGAGACGCGAUUACACUCUCUGCCGGACCUAGCAGCAGAGCUAGGACUCGGGGAUGUGUUAUUGAAAGACGAAUCCAACCGCUUCGGUCUACCGGCAUUCAAGAUCCUAGGCGCAUCCUGGGCCGUAUACCGUGCCGUUGGAUCGCAUCUAGGGCUAUCGGUGUCGGACGGGAGCGUACCCCUCGCAGACGUGGGCGCCAAGGCCCGAGAGGCAGGGGUCCGGAUCGUGACGCUCACGGAAGGGAACUGCGGCCGGGCUGUGUCGCGGAUAGCCGCGAAAAUCAUGGGGAUUCCAACGAAGGUUUUCGUGCCCAAGUAUAUGGAUGAACGGACCCGGGACAAGAUUCGGAGUGAAGGCGCUGAAGUUAUCGAGGUGGACGGGAGCUACGAUGAUGUGAUACCCGUGGCGCAGAAAGAGGCCGAAGCUAGCGAUAAAGCGAUUUUAAUUAUAGAUGUUAGUGUGGAAGGGUUCGACGUUAUCCCGGGGUAUUUCGUCCAGGGAUAUAGCACGAUGCUGGCGGAAUCCGAUCGUCAGGUCCUAGAGUUGACGGGCGGGAAGCCGGCUACCCAUGCGAUCGUCCCUGUCGGCGCCGGAUCUAUAGGAGAGGCCGUCACAGCACACUUCAAGAGCGCCUCUUGGCGGAAGGAAUUUGGCUCGACAAAGGUUCUCUCCGUAGAGCCUACAACCGCAGCGUGUCUUCUGGAGUCGCUAAAAGCGGGCAAGAGCGUUGCGGUGCCGACAGAAGAUACUAUCAUGUGCGGGAUGAACUGCGGAACGCUAUCUACCACUGCAUGGCCAGUACUGAGAGAUGGCGUAGAUGCGAGCAUCGUGGUGACGGAUUUGGAGGCGCAUAACGCGGUGCGGGAACUCCAAGCCCGUAGUAUACUUGCCGGACCUUGUGGUGCUGCCACUCUAGCUGCGCUUAGAAGAGCGUGUGCGGAUGUAAAGCAGGAGCUGGGGCUUAGUGACACUUCGAUCGUGGUGUUAUAUUGCACCGAAGGGGUGAGGGAGUAUCCAGUACCGUCAUCAUGAAAAAGGGGAAUGGGGAGUGAAUUGGUUUUCAUUUUUUUCAUUUAGUCUGAUACAUGCAUGUACGAGCUUCCAUCUGAUGGCUCGUGACUUUUGUACAUAUAUGUACAUGUGUAGUUGGGAGUUGACCUUCGGAAUACUACAUAACCGAUGUCCCUAAAUAUGAGCAGUCUUAACUAGACUUGUUGCUUCAAGACAGACUUCUGUCUGCCUG